ACGACCCCCGUCCAUGAUGUCACAGUUUUCCGAGCAUGCCUACAAAGGUCGAAAAUAAACAAAGAGCCGAGUCGAGCUUUGCGCCGUUUUCACUGUAAAAUCGUCUGUGGUGUACGCGUGUGUGUUUGUGUGCUGUGCGGUCUAUCAUGGAGAACGUGUUUUCGUGUCGAUCGAGCGUUUAUUUGGAUCAAGGAGGCAGAAAGUACAUGGAGGAUUUCGUCCAGAUUAAGCAGGAUGAUGAGCCGAGCGAGGACGAGCUGAACGCCGCCGCCGAGACGGAAGUGGAGAGCGCGCGCGUCCCGCUCGGAACCGCGCCCGCGGAACGGCCCGAGGGCUCGCGGAUCUCGCCGGCGAGUUGCGGCGCCGCUGCCUCUUCGUCGGCCCAGAGCGCGGAGGCUGACGGCGACCGUCCCUCGCGGGCCGUGGCUUUCUACGCUGUGUUCGACGGGCACGGCGGCCCCGACGCGGCGCGCUACGCCCAGACACAUCUCUGGGAUCUGAUUAAAAAACAAAGAGGUUUCUGGUCCACAGACGACGAAGAGGUUUGCGCAGCCAUACGGAAGGGAUUCAUCGCCUGCCACCAUGCCAUGUGGAAGAAACUGCCAGAGUGGCCGAGGACCGCAACUGGCCUUCCUAGCACAUCUGGAACAACCGCAAGUGUCGUUGUAAUUCGCCGUGAUCGUGUGUAUGUGGCUCAUGUUGGAGACUCGGCUGUGGUUUUGGGAGUGCAGGACAGUCCCAAUGAUGAGGUUCUUCGAGCAGAAGAAAUCACACAAGAUCACAAACCUGAGCUACCCAAAGAGAGGAAAAGAAUUGAGGGACUGGGAGGGAGCGUGAUUAAAAAAUCUGGGGUGAAUCGAGUGGUAUGGAAAAGACCCAGGCUCACUCACAAUGGACCAGUCAGAAGGAGCACGGUCAUUGAUCAGAUUCCUUUCCUUGCAGUAGCUCGAGCUUUAGGUGAUCUAUGGAGUUAUGACUUCUACAGUGGAGAGUUUGUAGUUUCGCCCGAGCCCGACACUGCUGUUAUUAAACUUGACCUAAAACGGCACCGCUACAUCAUCCUGGGCAGCGAUGGCCUUUGGAACAUGGUUUCACCACAAGAAGCAGUAUCCAUGUGUGAGGAGACUGAUAGGGCCAAGACUAAAUGCCACAGGACAAGGCAAAAUGUUUGCAGUGCUCAGGAGCUGGUAAACCAGGCCCUUCAAAGAUGGAGUCAGCGCCUGCUUCGUGCUGACAACACGAGCGCUAUAGUCAUUUGUCUGGAGCCAAAGGGGGCAUUUUCUGAACCUUUGCCUCCAUAUGAAGUUGUGUACAAUCUACAAGGAGCAAAGUCAUGCUCUACUACAGAGUCUCCAUCCAGCACACCACACAUCCAGGGGGCAGAUGUGUCUUUUUCUGGCUGUGAACUGAAAUCCUUGGACCAACAUCAAAAUACUGAUGGUGGGACGAGCGGCUCUGAAAUAACAAAGUCUGACUUUCCAAGCAAAGACCUCAGCGAUAGAAGGUUGAUGAGUGGCAAGAAUAGUGACAUAGUGCACACUGGCAAACGGAUGUUGGAGGAUCUUUCCAUCCCGGCAGGAAAGAGGGCACGCCGUAGUCUUCCCCACAGCCACGCUUCCUCGUGCACUACUCGUCGGAGACACUUUAUGUUGAAGAAUUCCUGCCGUCUUCCAUUCGUCGCAGUGGAAGGAUCGUGUGAACAAUUCAACAGAAGAACACAUAUCUUCCGGGAAGAUAUUUCUCCUCGCCGAUGACCUGUACAUAUUCCAAAGAACAAUUUUAAUGAGUGACAAUUUACUUUGAGCUAUUCAAUAGUCUAUGUAUUUUUAUACACUUUGGUUUACAGAACAAAGGAAGGCACACUUUCAAGAAGCAAGAAAUAUAUACACAUCAAAGUUGAAGCUUUUAAACACAUAGCAUUACCCAGCAUCUCAUUUCCUGUUUAAUGUUUGUUUUGUUGGGUUUAUUUUUAAAGUUGUUUUUUCCCCUAUCUGUGAGACUUUCAUGUGCAACUUAAGGUGCUGCUAUGUUUAACCAGGUAAAUAAAAAACUUGAUAAACUAAA